AUGACCCAGCCUGCCGGUGACUACCUCUCCACCGCCGCCCCCUACAACUAUGACCAGCCCCUUCCCCCCGUGGCUCGGACAAAUGCCGUCACCCAAGUUCCCCCAGCCAAGAAGAUAACCUUCUACAAGAGUGGAGACCCUCAGUUUGGAGGAGUCAAGAUGGCCAUCAACCAGCGUAGCUUCAAGAGCUUCAAUGCUCUCAUGGAUGACCUCUCCCACAGGGUCCCCCUACCAUUCGGGGUGCGGACCAUCACGACGCCACGUGGGAUCCACUGCAUCAGCACUCUGGACCAGCUGGAGGACGGGGGAUGCUAUUUGUGCUCGGAUAAGAAAUACGUCACGCCCAUCAGCCUUGGGACCGGCAGCCGGAGGCUGGGUCCUCAGAAGGCCAGCGGGCCGGCGAGCACGUUGAGGAAGGCAACCCAAGACGUCAAGCGCGAGGACUACACGACGGCUUUCACCCAGCAGAGCCCAAGGAUUCCAAAGAAGAUCACCCUGGUCAAGAACGGAGACAUCACCACCCAACGGCCCAUUAUCCUCAACCGUCGGAAUGCACGGAGCUUCAAGACGCUGCUGGAUGAGAUUUCGGAGAUCAUGCAGUUCACCGUGAAGAAGCUCUACACAGUGGAUGGGAAGAGGAUCGACAGCAUGCAGGCUCUCUUGCGGUGCCCCAGCGUGCUGAUCUGUGUGGGCCGGGAGCCCUUCAAGCCCAUCGUGACGGAGAACUCCAGGAAGCACUCGUCCUCGGAGAAACUGCCUGGUCUGCCUUCACAAUCCAACAGCAACAGCGUUGGUGAAAACCAUGAAAUGAACUUUGGGUUGAAAGCCAAGAAAAGUGUGAUCCACCCGAGGUCAUCCCUGAGCAACCGGUCCAUGCGGCUUUCCUUGUCAUCAGAAAAAUUGUAUCCCAACGGCCUAACAACCUCGCCAGAGAAUGGCACUCCCUGCUCAAACGACUGUCCGCACUCUAAAGCAGGGAAGCUGGUGCGUUCCUUAGUCAACGAUGACAUUGAGAAAAGGGUGCAUGUGAAUAAAGACGGCAGCCUGUCGGUCGAGAUGAAGGUCCGCUUUCGUCUGCUCAACGACGAGACUCUCCAGUGGUCCACGCAGAUCAAGAAGUCCAGCUUGAUGAACAAGAUGCCUGUUGAAGAAUUGGGCAUCCAUGAAGACAAUGGAGUAGAGCCAGUAGAGGAAAUGAACCCAGAGGCUAGCUCUGAAGCUGACGACUCGUUGUAUCCUUGCGACGUUGACUCUUACAUCUCAAAUCUUGACGAGUCUGAAAAUGAAGACGCUCGUUGCCACAACUGUGGGAAACCGUGCGAAGACUAUGACAUUUGGAAGAACCCCCUGCAUGCUUCCCAAAAAGAGGAGCCAGGGACGAGGCAUACUUGGUAUACUCACUCUUCUUGCUCGAGCGCUUCGUCACAUCGCAGGGUUGUCCGCAAAAAGGUGGCCUCUGUUGACAGCAUCCGUACCUCGUCUAGCGGAGAGGAAUACUCUAAGCAUGUUGUACGGGAGUCUUCUCGUUAUUCAGAGACUGUCGAGAACAGGAUAGAAUACCGUUCCGUUAAAAAAUGCUGCUGUCAACAUGACUGUACCGAGGGAAACCCAAGCCAAAGAGGGUCACCAGAGGAAAUGGAUGCUGUCGCAGACUUGGCCAAUUCACAAAACGAAGACGACUGCAUGGUGGAGGGAGAUGGGGAUGAAGGCCAAGGAAGCCGGACUGGCAGCGGCAAAUCAAAGUCAUCUCAAUGUUCUGCAGAAAGCCAGAUAAAAGUGUGUGAGGAAAUCAGCAGCGUAGCCAGAACCAUCUCGUCCUGUAGCAUCAAGGAAAGAGAAGACAUUGAAGAUGUUGUCGGUGGCUCAUCUUCUCCAAACAGCAUCUGCAGCCAAUCCAGUAAGCGCAGCAGGCCUGGAGCGAAGGACAACCUAGACGAGGUUUCUGAGAAUGAUCAAGUGAUCUCUUCGUUCUCUAGCGACUCCUGCCUGAAAAAAGAUGCCACAGAGGAAGGAGUCGAAAAGGAGGAGGAGCAGGAGGAGGAGGACGUCGACGGAAUCCGCUCCACUUCGGAAAAGAUGGGGUCCAGUCCGCCUGCCGAGGAUGACGGCAGCGAGUGUGGAAGGUGUUCUACAGGAAGGUGUUGCCAGUCCAACGCUGGUGACGGAACCAGCAGGAGUGAUGAAAUACACGUGUGCAGUGCUGCUUCAGCUUCCCCCAGAGCGUCCAGGAGAAACAAGCCCAGACCACCUUGCCUGGAGGCAGGUUCCAAAGUGUCUGCCAGGUCAUCCAGAGGUCCCUCCAUCAAGAAAAAGAAGACAAAAAGUUCUCUACAUGCAGAAGAUGCAAGGUCCAGCAGCAGGACGUCUUAUUAUUCCCGAAGCUCGCACGAAGUGGAGAAAAGAGAGGCAGAAGGUCACAUAUCUCCCGAUUCGAGCGCUCCUCAUUCAAACGUGUCGUCCUUAAGUGAUGCGGCAGCACCUCCUGCAGCUGCCAAUGAGGAGAGCACAAGCAGCACUUCCAAGUGCUUCAGCAAGUCCUCUGAAGGCAGCCAGAAAGAGAGGCAGCCUGAAGACACCAGCAAGACGUCCUCCCCUUGUUCCAGCUUCUCAGAGGAAGCGGGGAGAAAUGGAGCUGGCACUGCUCCGGUGAGUUCCCAGGACCACUCUUCAAGACCAGGAAGUGAAUCCAAAUCCACGUGCUCAAAAUGCGGCCACGUAGCGGGAAGCGGGCGCGACGGCCGACGAAGCGUGAAUUCGCGGGUCUCGUCCUAUUCCGAGGCGAGGAGCAGAUGUGCAGAGCUGGAGGGGUCGAGGAGAAGCAGCGAUGCCUGCUCACAGUCCAGCGUGGCCCGGUCUUCCAAGCCGAGGCUAAAGAGAACCAGCGACCGCCACGCCGGCGUGGAACGUUCUAGCCAAGCGUCGGCGGCAGACUCUGCGUCCAUGUACAGUUUGCACUGUCCGGCCCCGCCGAAAGGGAGGCCCAGCGGCAGACGGAGUAGGACGGUGCUGGUGAAGAAGACCUCCGGCGCUGCCAGCGCCUGCGCCGAAUCGGAGCCAACCGCAGGUGAGGAGCAGGAAGGGGAAGCGGAUCCGCAAUCCCCUGAAAGGGAUGCGGCGAAUGGGGCAGGGAAUAACGCUGACCCUUUGAACGAAGCGGAAGAAGGUUCCUGCCCAGAGAAGGGCCAAGGAGAGGCAGAGGCAGAGGCUGCUCCGGAAGGCGGUGAAGAGAUCCUGCCUUCUUCCCUUCCCAACGCCUCUCCGGAAGAAGUUGUGCACGAGUGGCUGAGGAAGAUCCCUUCGGAGACUCUGCUGAUGAAGAGUGAGAUGCAGGAUGACGGAGAGGGGGAAGAAGGAGAUGCUGAAAUACCAAGCUGCUCAAACAACCAGGAAUCGUUGGGAGGGGAACCUGAUGAGAAGAAAGAAGAUGGGAGCGCGGCAGCAGCUGAGGCAGCUGGGGAAGGAGAGGAAGAGGAGGCUGCUGAAGAGGAAGCGAAGGAGGACCUGGAUGAGGAGAAGGCUUCGGAAGCGAUGUCAGAAGCGGCUGGAGCUGCCCAGGCGGAAUGCAAGCGUUCGGCCAUCUCCAACCAGAACAACCACAAAAAAGACUUGCCCAACACCAUUCAGACCUCUGUGCAGAUCAUGAAAGCCCUGUUGGCUUCCAAACAAGAAGCCAAGCUGGACCGUUCCCACAGCUUGCCCGAAGUGUCUCCUACCAUGGGGAGGAAACUCAGCAACUCAGCCAACAUUUUGAUCACAUGCCUCGCUAGCCUGCAGCUCCUGGAUGAAGAGUUGGACCCGUCCGAGAAAGCAAACAAAUGCCCGAACAGGCCAAGAUAUACGGAGCUCUUGAACAUUUUCCAGGCUCUGUGGUUCGGGUGCACCUCGGAGAAAGGGGGCACCAGUUCAGGCCUGCAAGUAGAGGUCCAAGCAAAAGUGCCCUCGGGGUUCAAAGGACGCAACUCAAAAGAUGACGACUUCACGCCCAUGUCCUCUUCUGGGGUCGAUGUAAGUAGCGGGGAUGGAGGCUCAGGAGAGGGGAGCGUGGCCGGUGCCCGGGACUGCGCCUUGUCGCCGGAGAAAACAGAUGUCUCCAAACCCACCGAAGAAGAAGAAGAGGAAGAAGCAACAGAAGGGGAGGAAGCUGAUGAUGAAGGAGAGCGAGAGGGGCAUUCUCGCCCACCAACACAUUGCUCCAAAUCUGAAGGAGGGGAUAAAGCAGAUUCCAACGGGGGAGAGGAGGUGAAGGAGGAUCCAGGCAGCGACUAUGCUGUCCAAGAGGAGGUAGAAGAGGACCCGGCUGUUAAUGAAGCAGACGAGGGUCCCGGUCAAGAGGCUGCUGAUGAAGCAACAGAAGAAGCGAGCAACAAUGACGCCGAAGCGAACACAAAUGGAAACGAGGCAAAUGGUGAGGAAGAGCCUGAAAAGAGUGGCGAAAAGCAGCUUGUGGAUGAGUCUGAAGCUGAAAUGGAAUCGAGCCACAUGGCCCCUCGCCAUGACCCUGUGAAAGCUCCCGCCAUGACCCAACAGAAGUCCCUCGACCCCGACCCAGUCUGGGUGCUCAACCUUUUGAGGAAGAUAGAGAAGGAAUUCAUGACUCACUAUGUCAGCGCCAUGAACGACUUCAAAAUGAAGUGGAACCUGCCGAACAGCGACGAGGUGGACUUGAUGAUUGCGGAGUUGAAAGAAGAAGUGAGUAAGAGGAUACAGAAGAGCAUCCAGAAAGAGUUAAGGAAAAUCAGGAGCAGGGCAGGGAAGAGGAUCCCGAGGCCUCCGGAUGGCGAAGUGCGGCGUGAUUCCGCCCUGAAAAUGGAGAACCGAAGGCGUCGCUUGCAAAGCAUUCAUAAAAUGUCCCUGUACAACGACCGGACUGUGAACCAGAGUAAGCAGCCAGAGACGAGGGACUUCUCCGGUGACGAAGAUGAAGAUUUCAUUUUUAGUACAAUCAGGGAUGAUAGCAGGCAACUGAGCGAAGACGAUUACUGCCCCUGCGAUGCCUGCAUCAGGAAGAAAAUGUUGGAAAAAGCAGCGCAGAGCACUGUGACGGUGGCAACCAAUGCCCCGGUUGUGAAAGCCUUUGACCUACAGCAAAUCCUGCGGAUGAAGGACGCCAAAGGUCCCGAAAGGAACACCGAACACGACAUCGCCGAAGAGGGUCCGGAUGAGGAAGACGAACAAGCAGAGGGGGAGACUGCUGGAUCUGAGGCCAACCAGGAAACGGAACCUGUUGAGGAACAAGAGGAAAAGGAAGAAGACAAGGAGGAGGAAGUGGAUGUGGAAGAGGAAGCAGACAAGGAGGAGGAAGUGGGUGAGGAAGAGGAAGAAGACAAGGAGGAGGAAAUGGGUGAGGAAGAGGAAGAAGACAAGGAGGAGGAAGUGGGUGAGGAAAAGGAAGACGACAAGGAGGAGGAAGUGGGUGAGGAAAAGGAAGAAGAAAAGGGGGAGGAAGUGGGUGAGGAAAAGGAAGACGACAAGGAGGAGAAAGUGGGUGAGGAAAAGGAAGAAGAAAAGGGGGAGGAAGUGGGUGAGGAAAAGGAAGACGACAAGGAGGAGGAAGUG